CAACAAUGAAUUUAUAAAUAUUUCGAGUGACCAAACUUAAAUUUUUGUGUAAUCACAGUCACCGACCAUACAAUAUUACAAUUAACCCCACGAACCCUGCUAUUGUUCCCGUUCCACUUUCCACCGCCUUCCCAGAUAGAAAAAUAGCAGCGAUUCGAAGUCCUUGUACUGACGAAUGCCCCACUUGGAAGAAGGAAGAAGGAAAAAAUAAAUCACCGGAUACUUCCGUCGGAGCGAAAGAAAGGAGGAAAAGGGAAAGAGUAAUAUUUUGCGGGAACGGCGGCGAUGUGGAUGAUGAUGGGUUUGAGUCUGCAGAGCAUGCUAGAUUUGGUGGCAGCUGGGAUCUCUCUAAUGAUAGGUCUCGGCAUCUUCACCUUCGUUGCUUCCGUCCUCUGCUCCGCUGCCUUCAUCCAAAAUGUCAAAUCCGUGUAAUCCAAUUCCUCAGGAGAGAAGGAACUGGCAGAUCUUAGGACUGAAGAAGUAGGAAAACUGCAGGCUUUUGCCGAAGAAAAGGGUAGACUUACUAAGCUGAUUGAGGAUCAAGGUAGAUUACUUCUACAACUGUGGUUGCAGAUAACAUCUUCUCAUGAUUUGAGCCAAUCUAUAGAUCAUAUUCAACACAACUGCAGUGCACAGUUCUUAUCUUCAUAUAAUCAUAUCUAUACUUGUCCAGUUCAUUUAGGCUAUGGCAUGACGAAUGUAGCUCCUGUUAGUUAGUUAGUUACGGAAACGAACUAGCUUCUUAGUUCGAUUUCCUAUCACUCUGAGACGCCAUACUCGAGCUGGGAUGGUGCAUUCGCUGCUGGUUGGGGAAAUUAGUGAGACCAAAUUGAGCAAAAUUCUAUCAUGAGACCUGCUAUCCCUAUACUCAUUUGCUGAUGUCCGGACUGUUACUUCAAUCCCAUAACAGUUAGGUUAUGCAGAUGAUCAAAAGAGAAUAAUUAGUAUUAACCAGCAGCUUAACUCAAAGCUUCAUGCUUCCAGGCUCCAGUGAAACUUGUGUUUAAUGGAUUGCUCCGUGGUUAACUAUCUGUGACGCUGCGAGCUGCAGGCUUUUAUCCUGAUUUCAAUUGCGUCGACUCUGCAAAAUGGGCAUCUUGCGUUAUGAAUUGUCUUAUUGUCUUGGUCUCUCACCCUCUGUCAUGUGAAUCUGUUGCUUUUUGUUUUUGCUUUGUCCGCAGAUGCCAUGCUGAAAGAUUAGAGAUGGAGUGUCUGAACUCUGAAGUCUAAGCUAGGAAGUAUACACGUUGAAUUGCAGCCAAAGGAAGAUGGGAUGUACAGUGUUACGUGUAUUCGAUUUUGUUUUGUUUUGUUGAGAUGAGGUUGUUGAAGUAAUGUGACACCAUCAUACUUGCCUUUUUAAGCUCCGAGUAUUUUGCCCUUUGGGCCAAGCACAUCACAACAAGCAAACUAUCCAAACUGAAGAAAAUGCAGUAGGUAGGGAAAGGAACACACGAGGUCCCCAAUACCCUUUAGAGCAUAGGCAAGACUCCAAGUAUAAGAGUGAAGUU